ACACUUCAGUGAAGCUGCGUUCAGUGUCCAGGCGACACAUCUUCUUCCAUGGCCGAGACGCUGCGACUCUCGUGGCUCUUCUGCAUUCUCUUUUUUCUCCUGCUGGGUCUGCAGGGAGAGCCGAGGGAGGCCGCGCAUGCACCAGACAAGAGGAGCGUCAGCUCUGAGCAACCUCGUAUGCUGUCAGAUAACGGUCACCUUGUCUUCACGACCGGUGACAAUAAAGAGAUUCGCUUCCAGACAUCAGCAUCAGGCCAAGUUAAAGUGAAUAAUGAGGACCUCACCCAGCUUUUAAGUCAGAUCAAAACCAACAAAGAGGACAUAGACACCAUUAAGACUCAUGGAGGUGGAAUUUCCCCUGAACUCAACAACAGACUUAACCAGCUUGAUACUAAGGUUUCAGGCCUUCAGAACAGAGUGACGACAGUUGAAUCGAAAGUCCAGAAGGUUUCCUGCAGCAGCAAUCCAUGUCAAAAUGGAGGAACUUGUCUGAAUACACUCAACUCAUACCACUGUCUGUGUCCCAGCAACUGGGAUGGUUCCAACUGUGCAACAGAUGUAAAUGAGUGUCAGAUACUAUCGGGAACUCUGCAGGGUUGUCAGAAUGGAGCGACCUGUCUCAACACUGCUGGAUCAUUCAGUUGUACCUGUUCUCCAGAAUGGUCAGGGACUCACUGCACUGUGCGUUACGAUGACUGCAGGAAUGCAGGACAGGACUUGUGUGUACACGGCACAUGUAUUGAUGCAGACCGGAUUGUAAUGGGACAGCCGAAAUACAAGUGCAUCUGUGAGAGUGGCUGGGAGGCACCAGCAGGGAGCGCAGCCUGUAUCGCUGAUGUCAAUGAGUGCAACCUUCCCAACAAGCCUUGCUCUACCAACCCAGCUGUUCCCUGUUUCAACACCCAGGGCUCAUUCUACUGUGGAGCCUGUCCUGCAGGCUGGCUUGGCAAUGGUUAUAGCUGUCAGGACGUGGAUGAAUGUUUGACCAACAAUGGCGGCUGCUCCACCACUCCCAUGGUGCAAUGCUUGAACACUAUGGGCUCCUUCCACUGUGGGACUUGUCCUCCAGGUUAUGAGGGUGAUGGGAGAACAUGCACCCAGGCGAAUAUCUGUGCCAACAACAAUGGAGGCUGUUACCCAUUAGCUACAUGCUCCUCCAACCCAGGUUCAAACUUCCCAAUAUGUAUUUGCCCUCCAGGCUACACAGGGAAUGGUUUUGGGCCAACAGGCUGCACUGAGACCAGCAACAUAUGUCAGACCAACAACCCUUGUGUCAAUGGACAGUGUGCGGCCACUUCCUCCGCGCCGGGAUACAUCUGCAACUGCAACUCUGGUUGGCAAGGAGUGAACUGUGACCAGAACAUUAAUGAAUGUGCAAGCAACCCCUGUCAAAAUGGAGGAAACUGUACGGAUGUCACUAAUGGAUUCACAUGUACUUGCACUUCCCAGUGGACUGGCCCACUCUGUCAGACCCCACAGCAAGUGUGUGGGGGUGACCUGACAGGCCCUGCAGGUUCCUUCAGUUAUCCCAACACUCCAGGUCAUGACGAAUAUGAUCACCAAGUCAGUUGUGCCUGGGUUGUUCGAGUGGCCCAUAAUCAGAUUGUCCGGAUCACCUUUCCUUUCUUUGAUCUGGAGAACAGCGCCAACUGCAACUAUGACUUCCUUCAGAUUCAUGAUGGGGACAGUGCCUCUGCUCACAUGAUGGGCAAAUAUUGUGGCCAAAAUAACCCCAAAGACCUCAAUAGCUCCCACAAUGCUUUGUAUUUCUGGUUCCGCUCCGACCAUUCUGUCAAUGCAGGAGGCUUCACGAUUACUUGGGAAGCUAAGGAACCAGUGUGUGGAGGCGUAUUGACUGCUCCAUAUGGCAACAUUAACUCACCUGGUUACCCUGGAAACUACCCACCUAACAGAGACUGCUACUGGACAGUGACGGUGGAGCCCGGCUUGCUCAUUACCUUUGCAUUUGGGACUCUCAGUCUGGAGCAACACCCUGACUGCAACUUUGACUUCUUAGAGAUCCGGGAUGGUCUUCUUUCUGGUGACCCAGUUCUGGGGAAGUAUUGCAGUACUGCAUCACCUGCACCCCUGCAGACCACAGGUCCAGCUGCGUGGAUCCACUUCCACUCUGAUUUCGCUGUCACUGACCGAGGAUUUCACAUCACAUAUACAACAUCGCCGAGUGAUCCCGGCUGUGGUGGUACCUUCACUGAGAGUGAGGGCAUUAUCAUCUCCCCUAACUGGCCCAACAACUAUGCCCACAACCGCCAGUGUAUCUAUUUGAUCAGGUUGCCAGUUGGUGAGAAACUGACCCUCAACUUUACUCACAUGGACCUGGAACUUCAUAGUGGAUGUACUUUUGACUAUGUGGAGGUUCGUGAAGGCCGGGUGGAGACUGAUCCUCUAAUCGGCAGGUACUGUGGAAACACGCUGCCUGCUCCCAUUCUCUCGUCCUCCGACUCUCUGUGGAUUCGCUUCAAGUCAGACAGCUCAGUGAGCCGGGCUGGUUUCAGAGCUGUCUAUACUGUUGCUUGUGGAGGGACUCUGUCUGGGACUGGGCAGUUACGCUCCCCGUAUCACCCCAAUGCCUAUCCCCACAACAAGGUCUGUGAGUGGGUCAUAAAUCAGCCAGAAGGCUACGUGGUCACGCUUGACUUCCUGUCAUUUGACGUCGAGGGCAACUCCUGUCACUUUGACUUUGUUGAGGUGAGAGACGGCUCCACGUCCAGCUCUCCUCUGCUGGGGACAUUUUGUGGUGCUGAGAUUCCUCCCAGGCUCCAGUCCACUCAGAGAUCUUUGUACAUCAAAUUCAAGACUGACUCGUCUGUCAACAACCAUGGCUUUGAAGCAGCCUACAGCUCAGCCUUGGAGGAUUGUGGUGAUACACUGACCAGCCCUUCAGGCACCAUCACCAGCCCAGGACAUCCAACCAGCUACCCUCACGGUGCCAACUGCACCUGGUACAUCAGCGCUCUUCCAGGAAACCUGGUCCGACUGUCGUUUGAUUCCUUCAACUUGGAGUAUCACGACAACUGUAAUUAUGAUUAUGUGGAGGUCUAUGACAAUGGUACUGUGCAGACUGGAACCAAGAUUGGCAGAUACUGUGGACGUUCAGUGCCUCCAUCCAUCACCAGCACUGACAACCUGCUGACCCUGCUGUUUGUGACCGACUCAAGUUUAGCCAAAGAGGGAUUCUCUGCCAGCUAUGUCUCCAUCGAUGCUUCCACAGAUUGUGGUGAGACCUUCACGUCUCCUACAGGGUCCCUCAUUUCGCCCAAUUACCCCAGCAACUACCCAAACAACAGAGAUUGUGUCUUUAAGAUCAUUCUGCAAGUCAACGUGCAGAUAAUGCUGAACUUCACCAACUUUGAGCUGGAGGGUUCCCCUCCAUCGUGCGGGUUAGACUUUGUGGAGAUCAGGGAUGGUGGUUAUGAGACAUCUCCCCUGAUUGGUAAGUUCUGUGGCACUCAGAGGCCUCCAGUCCUAGUAUCCCAUAGCAACCGUCUUUGGGUUAGAUUUCGCUCGGACUCUACCGUCACACGUAGUGGAUUCAGUGCCCACUGGGAUGGAUCACAGACUGGCUGUGGAGGUACGAUGACCACAGCAUCCGGGGGAUUUUCCUCUCCUAACUACCCUCUGCCCUACCAUCCUAAUUCUGAGUGCUACUGGAAUGUCAAGACAAGCCAAGGCAGCCAGGUCUUCCUGUCUUUCUCUGACUUCCACCUGGAGACCAGCAACAACCUCUGCCUUUAUGAUUACCUGGCUGUGUAUGAUGGUAAUAGCAGCAGUGCUCCACAGCUGGCAGAGCUUUGUGGUAGUCAGCUGCCCAAUGCCAUCAACUCCUCCAGAAAUGAACUCUACAUCAAACUGCGCACUGACAGCAGCGUCAGCGCUGGAGGCUUCCUGGCAUCAUACACUACUAAAUGCAAUAACAUAGUGAUUUCAAGACAAUAUGCAGGAGUACUGGAGUCACUGAACUUUCCCAACAACUAUCCAGAAAACUCUGAGUGCAGCUGGACGAUCCAGGGCAGCAGUGGAAACACCAUCAAUUACACCUUCACUGCUUUUGAGCUCGAGUCCACCAACAACUGUAAUUUUGACUACAUCAAGCUCUAUAAUGGACCCAAUGAGCAAGCUCCUCUGAUUGGUACAUUCUGUGGGUACACGCCUCCUCCGGCCAACACCACCACAGCCUCAGCACUCACAGUGGUGUUCAGAACAGACAGAUCAGUGUCCAAGUCUGGUUUCCAGAUGAUGUGGUAUCAGAACGGUUGUGGUGGGGACCUCUCUGGUCCCAGUGGCUCCUUCAACAGCCCAGGCUACCCCAACAAGUAUCCUGAAAACAGGGAGUGUCUCUGGUACAUCAGCACAUCACCUGGGAGCAGCAUCACACUCACCAUCCAUGAGUUUGAUGUGGAGUUCCACCAAGACUGCAGCUAUGAUGUACUGGAGGUGUAUGGCGGCCCAGACCUGUCCGCUCCUCGACUGGCUCAGCUGUGCACCACCACAUCCAGCCCCAUGCGUGUCUCUAGCACUGGUCACAUGGUCACUGUGCUCUUCAAAUCUGAUGCUUACGUCAGUGGUCGAGGUUUUAAUGCAAGCUGGACUGAAGUUGCAGGAGGCUGUGGUGGCCCAGUCACUGCUCCUUCAGGGGAGAUCCAUUCUCCAUUGUAUCCCAACAGCUAUCCCAAUAAUGUGGACUGUUCCUGGGUCAUCAGUGUUGAGUCCCACCACCGGGUUUUCCUCAGUUUCUCUGACCUGGACAUUGAAAGUCAAAGCACCUGCUCCUGGGACUAUGUGGCUAUUUAUGAUGGUCCGACCACAUCUUCUCCUCUGCUUGCUCGUGUGUGUGGCAACAGUCUUCCUUUUUCCGUUACCUCGACCCAGAGCAUCAUUUCUGUUCGCUUUAGGUCGGACUCCAGUCAAAACCACCGUGGUUUCAGUGCUCACUUCUCUGAGGCCUGUGGUACAAGCAUUAUCACAGACAAUGAGGGAGGGGCCAUUGCAUCACCACAAUACCCAUCACCAUAUCCAGCCAAUCAGAACUGCAGCUGGAUCAUCAAAGCACAGGAACCAUUCAACCAUGUGACCCUGUCAUUCACUGACUUUGAGUUAGAGAUGGUCAACACCAACUGCUCCCAUGAUGCUGUGGAGAUCUUGGAUGGAGACAACUACCAGGCACCUUCUAUUGGGCGUUAUUGUGGCUCUGAAGUUCCUCACCCAGUGACGUCGUUCAGUAACUCUUUGGUGGUGAAUUUUAUCUCCGACAGCGUGAUCUCCAGAAAGGGGUUCCGAGCUACGUACACCGCCUCCACCUCCAGCUGUGGAGGAGAGCUGGUGAUGGAGAGUGGUGCAUUCAACAGCCCUAACUACCCAGAUGCUUAUCCGCCUAAUGUGGAGUGUGUGUGGACCAUCAAAAGCUCACCAGGAAACCGUCUGCAGCUCUCAUUUAUUGUCUUCCAUUUGCAGGGCGGAGCUAACUGUCUUAAUGACUACCUGGAAAUUAGAGAAGGAAACUCCACCGGACACCUGGUGGACAGAUUCUGUGGAAAUUCGCUCCCCGCCAACUACACCUCUGUGAUUGGCCACAUCCUUUGGGUUAAGUUCAGGUCAGAUGAAGCCACUAGUGGAGCAGGAUUCAGAGCCACUUUCUCACACUUGUAUGGUAAUGAUUUGACUGGGGAUUAUGGUCAGAUUGCAUCUCCACUGUAUCCCAGAAUAUAUCCAAGCAAUGCUGACUACCGCUGGACCAUAACCGUGGAGGGAGACAGCUUUGUCCAGAUCCGUUUCUUGGACAUGGAUAUUGAAGAUCUGUAUGAUUGCUUUUACGACUACCUCAAAAUAUUUGAUGGCUCCAGUGUUCAUUAUUAUCCUCUCGGGACGUUCUGUGGUUUGGGCAGGCCUCCUCCCGUUAGAAGUUCAGGCAGCACUAUCACGCUGCAGUUCCGCUCUGAUACAGUGGUGGGAGGACGAGGCUUCCUCGUGGAAUGGACCGCUGUCCAGGACUCUGGACCACCACCCACUAUCACACCAGGUGCUUGUGGAGGGAUGCUGAUGACAGGAGCGAGUCCCAGCUUCCUGUUUUCUCCUGGCUGGCCUAACAACUACCCUGAGAACCAGGAGUGUACCUGGUUGAUCCGCUCUCCAGACUCCACUGUAGAGUUUAACGUCUUGUCUCUGGACAUGGAGGACUACCCUCCUGUUUGCUACUUUGACAGCCUUGUCAUCAGGGAUGGUGAAACCAGUCUAUCUCCUGUGCUGGCUACAGCAUGUGGUCGGGAUCCUCCAGGUCCUCUCCACUCGACAGGAGAUACAAUGUUUAUUCACUUCUCAUCAGACAGCAGUAUCAGCGGCCGAGGCUUUAAUGCCUCCUACUCCAAAGGUUGUGGUGGCCUCCUGCAUGUAGACCGGGGAGUGCUGAGCAGUCCACACUACCCGCAGAACUACUUGCCUCAACUGAACUGUAGCUGGCAUGUGAUGGUGACGCCUGGCUUCAGGAUUUCUGUCACUUUCCAGAGCCCUUUCCAGAUUCAAGGAUUUGGAACUGAAUGCAGCUUAGGAGACUACCUUGAGCUCAGGAAUGGUCCUGAUAGUUCAUCUCCAUCACUGGGACCACGUGUCUGUGGGUCGAGCCCUCCAUCUCUUCUCCAGACGACUGACAACCACCUCUUUGUUCGCUUUUUAUCUGACGCUUCUAAUGAGGCAACUGGGUUCAAGCUGACUUUUGAGGCUCACAGCCAGGCAUGCGGAGGCUUCAUUGAGCUGAAUGAUAACGAUCCACCAGGUUACAUCACUUCACCCAACUAUCCUCAGAACUAUCCCCAGAACAUCGACUGUAUCUGGGUCAUCACUGUGCCCAAUGGAGAAGCUGUCCAACUAGACUUUGAGGACGAGUUCUACAUCGAACACACACAGGGGUGUAUGUACGACUACUUAGAGGUGCGUGAUGGCUCAACUUCCAGCGCUGACUUAAUUUCCCACCUGUGUGGCAAUACUAAACCGUCUACCCAGCAUUCAACAGGCCCCGCCAUGCUACUCAGGUUCAGAACUGACGGCAGUGUCACACAUAAAGGCUUUAAGGCAAAGUUCUCUAAGGCAACAUGUAGUGGUACCUACAGAGGUCAGAGGGGCACAGUCUCCAGCCCUGGCUUCCCAACUUCCCAUUAUCCUGACAGUUCCAGCUGUGAGUGGUACCUGGAGGGACCCACAGGUCACUACCUGACCCUCAGCUAUGGGAACCUCAGCCUGCAGAGCAGCCCAGGAUGCUCUGCUGAUUAUGUGGAGAUCAGAGAAUACAAUGCCUCAGGGAGGCUGCUGGGCCGACACUGCGGUAACAACCUUCCAGCUUCCAUGGACACGUCUGACAGCUUUGCCUAUGUCAGGUUUGUCAGUGAUGCCAGUGGUAAUGCAGAAGGCUUCAGUCUGUCGUUUGAAGCCAGUGUUGAAGCGUGUGGAGGUGAACUGAACGCUCCUUCAGGAACUAUCUCGUCUCCCAAUUACCCCAAUUUAUACCCACAUAGCCGGCUGUGUCGCUGGGAGCUUGUGGUGUCACCAGGCCACCGGAUCACAUUCACAAUUAAUGACCUGCGGCUGGAAGGUUCUGGUAGUUCCUGUGCAUAUGACUACGUUGAUGUACUGAAUGGGUUGGCAGAUAAUGCUCCUCGCCUGCAGCGGUUCUGUGGUACAGUACCAGUCGGCACACAGGUGCGUUCUUCAGGAAACACCAUGACCAUUGUGUUCCGUACUGACGCCUCCGUGUCCAAUGGUGGCUUCAUGGCGUCCUACUCCUCAGAUGAGCCUGCAGAGUGUGGUGGAAUCCUGAACAACCCAGUGGGCGGGAACAUCACCUCUCCUGGUUACCUGGUGUCCAACUACAGCAACAACCUCAACUGCGAGUGGCUCAUCCAGAAUCCCCGGCACAUCAAUUCCUCUAUUGUGGUGAUUAUAACAGACCUUCACCUGGAGAACCACCAGACGUGUGAGUCAGACUACCUCAAGUUCCGCUUAGGUAAUGCUGAUGGGGAGCUGUUGGCCAGGUUUUGUGGGCAGACCACCCCUACAAUCCCCAUUGUGGUCUUUACCCCAGAGCUGUGGAUCCAGUUCCAGACUGACGACACCCAGGGAGACCUGGGCUUCAAGGCCACUUACAUGUUCUCUGAAUGUGGAGGCUGGCAGGUUGGCGAGGGAGGGGUGAUAUCCAGCCCUAACUACCCCAACACCUACCCUGGCCCCAGUCGCUGUGCUUGGCUGCUGGAGGCUCCAAUGGGGCACACCAUUACACUAACGUUUAGCUCCUUCAACUUGGAGCUCCACUCCACAUGUGGCUGGGACUCGGUCAGCGUCUUUAACGGAGGAUCCCCUGGCUCUCCUGUUAUUGGCCACUACUGUGGGACCACUUCCCCAGGAACCAUCCGCUCAGGUUCCAACAAGCUUGCUGUUGUCUUCCUGGCUGACCACAGUGUGUCUAAAGGAGGCUUCGUUGCCUCCUGGUCUGCUGAUUCAUCAGGCUGUGGCGGGGUGAUCCAUGCCGAUACGGGUACAAUCAAGUCUCCAAACUAUCCUCAGAACUUCCCGGCCAAUGUGGAGUGUUCGUGGCAGAUCAUUGCCCACGAGGGUAACCAUCUAGAGAUGAGCUUCAACAGUGAUUUCCAGAUUCCAGACAGCAGUGGAACCUGCCAGAGCAGCUACAUCAAGGUGUUUUCGGGUCGGAGCCAAAAUUCUGAUGCUCUGCUGUCAACAGGCUGUGGCUCAGUGGCUCCAGGCCAGAUCAUUGCUCCCGCUAACAUCAUGACUGCAAGAUUCCAGGCCACUGGAGCAACAGGCAGAGGCUUUGCUGCCUCCUUCACGACCAGUUGUGGAGCAAACUUCACAGCUUCCAGCGGACGUGUCGUUUCUCCAAAUUAUCCAGCCGACUAUCCUGACGGGGCCAACUGCAACUAUGUCAUAGAUGCUGGACAACAGACAGUGAUUGUUGUCACCUUUAAGGUCUUCCAAGUAGAAGCGCACUCUACGUGCCAAUAUGAUGGUCUGAAGAUCUACAACCUGGCUACAGGUGGCUCUCCUAUUGCCACGCUGUGUGGCACCAGUGUUCCAGGCCCCUUCUCCACCUUUGGCCCCAUGUCACUCAAUUUCUACUCUGACUCUGUGGUCAGUGACACUGGCUUCAUGGCAGAAUACAGAGCUAUUCCAUGUGGUGGUUUCUUCAACAGCACAAUGGGAACAGUGAGCAGUCCAGCACUGGCCAUGACUAACUACCACCACAACAUCAACUGUACCUACCAUAUCAUGGUGGCUGCAAACAGGGUGGUGGAUCUCAAGUUUAACACCUUCUCCCUGGAAGCUUCUUCCAGCUGUCUGUAUGACUAUGUAGCAGUUUAUGAUGGACCUGACACCCUGUCACCCCUGCUGGGGACAUUCUGUGGUGCAGUGCUCCCACCGAAUCUGCGCACCUCCACAAACCAGCUGUUUAUCGUCUUCAGGACAGAUUCCUCAGUGAGUGGGCUUGGCUGGAGAGCCGUCUACAGUGAGACACUCGGUGCAGCUCAGGGCUGUGGCGGCUACCUUUCAAUGCCCAUGGGCAUGUUUGGGUCUCCAGAUCCGAACCUGGAUGGGCGCUAUGAGCCCAAGAUGGACUGCCUCUGGACCAUUGACAUGACCCUCAACAGGGCUAUCAACCUGACCUUCUCCUCUUUUGAGCUGGAGAGUUCUUCUACUUGUCGUUACGACUAUGUCAAAGUGUAUGAUGGUGACAAUGUUCACUUCCCUCUGGUUGGGACAUUUUGUGGAAACACUAUCCCUGCAUAUUUUGUAUCGAGUGGAAAUUUCCUGACCAUUCACUUUGUUACUGAUAGUUCAGUGCAGCAACGAGGCUUCAACGCCACCUACAGAGCAGUUCCAUUGCUUUGUGGUGGGAUCCUAAAUGCCACGACCUCCAUACAGACCCUGAACUCACCCUACUUCCCCAAUGCUUAUCCUCCUUUCAUUUCCUGCCGCUGGAUGCUAGACGCUCCAGCCCAGGAAACCGUCCUGCUUUCGGUCCAGAACUUCAUGCUGCAGCCCAGCCAGAGCUGCUCCGCUAACUUCUUGGAGAUGAGAGACUGGCCGGUGGGAGAUUAUGGGCAGUCACAUAAGUUCUGUGCGUCUGACGGUCACCCACCAGACUUCUACAGCUACAGCAGGACGGUCCUUGUGUACUUCAAGUCUGAUGCUUUCAUGGCAGGAAAUGGCCUGAGUUUCACUUAUCAGAUCGCAAACUGCAGCCGAAUCUAUGAGCAGGAAUACGGUUACCUGAAGAGUCCAGGCUGGCCUAACCCUUACCCCCACAGCGUAGACUGCACCAUCAUCCUGAAGGCACCACAGAGCAACCACAUCUCCCUCUUCUUUAACACUUUUGAUGUGGAAGCCCACAGCACCUGUAGCUUUGACUAUCUGGAGGUGCGUAACGGCAGCACAGCACAGUCGCCGCUGAUUGGUCGGUUCUGUGGCAGCACACUACCCAACCCCGUCUUCCCACAGUCCAAUCUGCUCUACCUGCGCUUUAAGAGUGACAUGUCCCAUGUCAGACAAGGCUUUGAGGUCACAUGGACAUCCUCCCCACAUGGUUGUGGUGGAACACUGUACGGAGAGCACGGCUCAUUCUCAAGUCCUAACUACCCCGGCACCUAUCCUAACCAUACCCACUGUGAGUGGAGCGUUAGGGCACCGAGAGGUCGCGUGGUGACCGUCACCUUUGCUCAGAUCAGUAUUGAUGACCCAGGAGAUUGUCAGAACAACUUCCUGAAGUUAUACGAUGGCCCCGACGCCUCCUCGCGACCUGUUGGACCUUACUGUGGAGUGGAAACCAACAUUGCCCCAUUUACUGCCACGUCCCAUCAUGUCUUCAUUGUUUUCCAAUCCCAGUAUGUAACCCUGCCGUCAGGGUUCAGACUGACCUGGAGCAGCUGAGAAUGAAUUCUACACUAAUCCACUAAUCAUGUUGUGCAUUUAUAUAUGUAACAUAAUAAUGUAAAUAAAGAUAAAUCUGUAGUGUAAUAAAAGCAACAUUUAACAUUU